AUGGAAGAUCUGCUGACUACCAUUAAGUCCAUAAAGACGCACAGCGAGCCUCCGUUGGUUGAAGUGCAAGCAGAUCAAGCGCGCAAUGAUGGGUUCAGCAAACCUGCCGCAGAUUUGAGCCAAGAAAUAUCAUCGGAGCAAGUGAUACAAUUACUCAAAUCUCAUCCAAGUAGCGAAGAGCUCGCCAUUGUCCUUGCUGCCCUAGAUCCUUACAAUACAUCACGGGAGGUAUCUCAGGUUGAUGUCCGAAUGCCGGGCCCAACGACAGCUCAUAUCUUACAAAUCUUAGCGUCCACCACAGUACCCGAUCAUUGGCAGCUUUUGAAUGCGAAGAGCAAAUCUGGUUAUGUGAAAUAUCGUGCUGCACUGCUCCGUUGCUUUAGUAGCAUAGCUGGACUGGGAUCGCUAGUUGCUGAGCUUCGUGCUUUAGUCAUAAGCUCGCGAUCGAAAGAUCAAACUGACAAGAAAUCGAGCACUUCGACUCGAGUGCUAGAUAUCUUGUCGGUUCUGUCUUCCCUACUUGAGCCACGAGAUUUCGUUCGGAGAAUUUUUGUCGACAUAUCAGCUGUGUAUGGCAACCACACUCGGCAGCAAGCAGCAUGGAGAGAGUUUGUGUCUCUGGUAUCGGGUGGCAGGAUUCUUUCGACUGCAGCGGAGGCUCUCGCUGUUGCAGGCCAACCCAAUUUGACGUCGGAACUUGCCUGGAUUGGUGAAGGUUCUCGCUACUCAUCAUGGCUAGGCCUGAAUAUCGCUAGCCUUGCCGCUAGUUUGGAUGCCAGUGAUACAGAAAGCUGGACUUCGCUAGCUCUCCUCACCAGCCGAGCGCUGAGCCUCGGAUAUCCCGACCAUGUUGUCCGUGAGAUCUACUGUGAGCUUGUUGUUGAGAAAUCAUGUUCGCGACACCUGGGCAUGUUGAUCGACCAUCUGCGACCGUUGGAGCAGGUCGCCGUUCUGGAAGCUAUCUUCCGCGAUGUGCAGAAGAGUUCAUUUUCGGAGGACCUCUCUGAAGCUGUGACGAAGUCUGACUCUGUGAAAUCAACCAUUGCAAGCGUAGGAGCACUCUGCAACUUGCUUGUGGCAGAUCGUCCCUUCCUCAAGGAGCAACUACUGAACUGGCUCUCCAAAGGCCAGGGUGGCUCAAUAUACACAAUUGGCCUGCGCCGAGCCAUUCUCUCAAUAUUCAGUGAAUCCGCAGAAACGUUGAAAACAUUACUUUCUCACGCUCUUGAACAAUUUGGUGACCGGUUCUCGAUCAAACACCUUCCAGUCCUUGUACAAGAUGCACAAGCGCAAGUAAUCCUACUUGUCGCGGGACAACUAAACCGAGCACAUCCCCAGAGCGUUCAGGCAAUUGGGUGCACGGGACUUUAUCUCAAUGCAGUGUCUAACCGACUUGCAGCAUCUUCGAACAAGGCACGUUUCCUCGGCAUGAUUGUGGGCACGGGAAUAUCCCAUGUCAUAGAAAAGCCCGAAAAUGCCAUGAAGUUCGACCUCGAAGAGAUGCAAAGCGAUGAGGCUCUAUGUUAUUUGAGUCUCACAGAUAUCCAGGACAAAGUUGGAUCUAUCGAGUCUUUCCAGGAGUUGAGACGAGGUAACACAGCGAAGGUGUCACCAACUCAAGACGUGCCGAAACCCAAAAAAGCUAAGCCUAGCCGAAUCGAACCACUAUCAAGCAAGAUCAUCACUAUAGAGGAGAUCGAAGAUGGUGCAGAUGACACCGACAGCGAGGAGGACCUAUUGCCGUACGAGAAGCCGGAUGACGACAUGGAAGACGAAGACGAGGAUCCAACGCUUGUCCAACGUAAUAAGCCAAGCGCGCCAGUGUACAUUCGUGACCUAAUCACAUUCUUGCGCGACACUGAAAACGUGGAUCGUCACCAUCUUGCCAUCACGACCGCGCCGUCGUUGAUUCGACGUAAAGGAGGAUUUGGAACCGAGCUCGCCGAGCAAGUAGAAGAGUUGGCACUGACGCUGGUCAGCCUUCAGAACGAUAAAAGCCAUCCAUCUUUCCACGAGUCACGUCUCCAGAGCUUGAUUGCUAUUAUUGUCUCGCAGCCGCUAAAAAUGGGCCGUUGGUUUGCUGCGAUCUUCUUCGACGGCGACCUGUCACAAACACAGCGGUCUGCAACGCUUACGGCAUUAGGGUUAAGCGCACGAGAGAUUGCUGGCAAUGGCGAGGAUGAUGCCAAGGCACUGAAUCUUCCCAGCUUGGGAGAUACUUCCUUCCCAUCCAAGCGUUUGUCGCCAGCCUUGGAAGCUGUAUAUAAAGACAGCAAUCAAUCCCCAAUCGCUGCACUAACACAAGAGAUGGCAAAGACAUCGUUGCAGCCAUUGGCAGCCGAUGCUGCUGACCGUAUGACCGGUCCCAGCGCGCUGAAAGUCCGCACCUUCUCCUCGCGCAUGGAGGUUGAAAACAAGCGAAAGCAACGCGAGGCUCAACGCAAAAAAAAGGUCGUAAAAGAUCUCUACAACAUUCUAGCCCAGGGCUUCUUCUACCCUCUCCAAGCUCGAUUUGAGCGAAUGAUCCUUCAAUUCGCCUCGUCAUCCGCUCCUUCUCAUAAUCCUUUCUUGGUGCCCCAUAUCCUCACGCUCUUCCUCCAGACCCUGUCACUGAUAUUCUCUACUGCUGGUCCACAUAAUCCCCUCCUUGCGUCCUUCACACAUGAGAUUCUGUCACUGUUGAUCUCGCUCCACACGGCUCCAAUAGCUAGCGAGCCCACAGUUACCGCGGCGUUGCUGGGGCUGUUCUUGGCGGUUGUAGACGUGAAUAUUGCAUUCGGUUCAGAUGGCGAAGAACGUCUCGUCACCGAGCAUGCUACUCGCGUGAUGGAGCUACGCGAGUGGGCGUCCGAAGUCUUCGAUCGCACGCCUGCAAGCAGAGUCAAAGCAGAUCCUGGAACAUUCGCCGAUCCGCAGGAGCAGGUGCGAACAUUGUCUGCGGGAGUGAUGGUACGACUGGGUGAGGUCAUCGAGCGUUAUCAGGGGCGAUUGAUGGGCGUGAAUGCGGGCUUCAAGUACUGA